AUGGGUGGCUUUUACUCCAAAGCUCCAGACGAGGUCCGAGAAUACACAUUAUCUUUGAUCCAAAGAACUCAAAAUCUGGGGCAGCUUCGAAACUUGCAGAUCGAAGGAGAUAUGUGGGAUGAAACUGGAGGUAUCUCUUUGGCAGAAACUGUGAAAUGUAUCAAUUCCUCCUCCCUCGAGACAUUAGAAGUCUCUGCGGCGGGACUUUCGGACACUUCUGCCCUCUCUGAGAUGCUUCUUCCACAUAAAUCUCGAUCUGCAUCAUUCAAGUCCGUGAAGCUAAGGGGCUGCAAAGACUACCCCGAGGCCAUAGCGGCACUCAUUCAUUGGCCUAAGGAGCUUGUUCACUUUACCAUCAACACCUCAGGAAGCUUUGUCUCGGACAUGAACCUUCAUGAUAUUGGCAUGUGUCUCUCCAUUCACAAAGAGACGCUCAAAACCAUUUACAUUGACCUUUUGGGAUUCCCCCACGGACUAUCCUUUAAUGCAUCCAACUUCCCCUUGCUGGAAGUUCUUCGGCUGUCGCGGACCCAGAUAUGUGAGGACCCGUGGAACCGAAAAUUUGAAUGGGACCCAAUUUAUGCGGACCUGAUACUCGGUCCAAGUCUGCAUACGUUUGGACUAGUGUUCGGCGUCAUGGGCCACAGUUUAAUCAACAACUGGGGACACAUGGAGGAAGAAUGGAUCCGACAGCUUGCAAUAGCUGCAUGGAAGCGCAAGGCACCAUUGAAAACGAUCGAGAUCACUUUUUCUCCCGUCAGCCCAUACCCUAAUCUUAAACAAGGGACCUAUUCAGACUGGGAUUAUGUGUACCCCUGGGACCGCAUGGAUAAACUUGGGGUCCAGAUCCAGCGGUAUGGACUGUCAUUGGAAUACACGGCUCCACCCUGGACAAAAGAAGAAUGGCUGUCGGAGGUACGUACAUGCAGCUGUCACCAUAGUGUUAUCGCCUUUGAAGGGGUUGAAUAG